UUACAACCCCAUCAUUUGCUUUGCUUUUGUUGUUCUCUAUUUCUGCUCGUCCUACUUUGCCGGGAAAAUACCCGCCUUUUCCCCGAAAAUUCAUCCAGAAAUCCUUCACUCGAAUUUCAGUGUUUAGGUCAGGUUUCUAAUGUUUCAUGCUUGACGAGAAAAUGACUAAUGGGAAAAUGAAUAUUGAGCAAAGCUGAACUUCAUGGUUUAGCUAAACUAUAUCAGUGAUGAGAUGGCGGACGAUUCAAUUGAUCACGCCUCACUCAUUCCAGCAUCUGAAUUACUUUUUCAUACUGUCCUUAGUAUAUCUGAUGUCACCAGAACAGCCAAUCAGAUUCUGAUUCAGAAGGAUAAUUUCAGAAAACUCUCAACUUACCUGGAGAAAGUCUCAUUAAUAUUAAAAGGACUAUCAAAAGAAGACAUACACCAUGCAGAAAGCUUGAAAAAUUCCCUGGGUGUCCUGAACCAAGAAGUUAAAGUUGCUAGACAGCUGGUUUCUGAGUGCAACUGCAAGAGUAAGAUUUAUCUUUUGAUCAGUUGCAGAAAGAUUGCUGAGAAUUUGGAGUGUUGUACGAAAAACAUAAGCCGAGCAGUGAGCCUCAUCCCCCUCACCUCUUUGGAUGUUUCUUCUGGUCUAAGUAAACAAAUAAGUGAGCUAUGCCAGAACAUGUUAGAUGAUGAGUACAGAGUAACUGCAGCAGAAGAGGAAAUUCUGGAGAAACUUGAGUUAGCAAUACAAGAAGGAAAUGCUGAGCGAUCUCAUGCAAAUCAGUUGCUAGCUCGUAUUGUGGAUGUCAUUGGGAUCUCAACUGAGCAUGCUGUUAUAAAGAGAGAAUUUAAAGAGUUGAAAGGUGACAUGCAAAUUGCCGCGUCCAGAAGAGAUAUAGCAGAAGCUCUCCAUAUGGAGCAGAUUGUUGGAUUGCUUGAAAAAGCUGAUUCCGUUACUUCAUCACAAGAUAAGGAGAAGAGGUAUUUUGAAAAGCGAAACUCCCUGGGACGACAACUGUUGGAGCCGUUGCAUUCGUUUUACUGUCCAAUCUCACUUGAUAUCAUGGAAGAUCCUGUGGAGACUUCUUCCGGCAAGACAUUUGAGAGAAAGGCAAUAGAGAAGUGGCUUGCAGAAGGGAACAACAACUGUCCCUUAACCAUGUUGCCUCUGGAUGCUUCAAAAUUAAGACCUAAUAAGACUCUUCGACAGUCAAUUCAAGAAUGGAAAGAUAGGAACACCAUUAUUACCCUUUCGGCUCUUAAGUCCAAACUUGAGAGUGAUGAUGAAGAGGAAAUGCUUAAAUCCUUGGAAAAAUUGCAGGGCCUCUGCUUGGAAAGACAGAUGCACCGGGAAUGGGUAAAAAUGGAGAAUUACAUCACAACUCUGAUCAAGCUCCUCGGUGCUAAGAAUAGAGAAAUAAGAAAGCGUGUUCUCUCCAUCCUGUCUUUGCUUGCAAAGGACAACGAAGAGAAUAAGGAAGAUAUUGCUAAAGUUGAUAAUGCACUAGAAUCAAUUGUUCGCUCACUUGCACGUCAAAUAGAGGAAAGCAAGCUAGCAGUGGAGUUGCUCUUAGAAUUGUCUAGAAGUACUGCAGUGCGUGAUCUCAUAGGUGAUGUUCAAGGAAGCAUGCUCCUCCUGGUAAGAAUGUUAAGCAGUGAUGAUGUUGAAGCAGACCACAAUGCAAGUGAGCUUCUGGAUAACCUCUCUUUCCUUAACCAGAAUGUUAUAGAGAUGGCGAAAGCAAAUUACCUCAAGCCUUUGCUGCGGAACCUUUCUUCAGGAACAGAAAAUGUGAAGAUAAUCAUGGCCAAAACUUUAUCAGAGAUUGAAUUGACUGACCAGAAUAAAAUAUCAAUAGUCAGAGAUGGGGCACUGCAGCCACUUCUUCAGUUGCUCUCUAAUUCUGAUGUGAAAAUCAAGGAAAUAGCUGUGAAAGCUCUUCUGCAGUUUUCAAGCUUGCCAGAAAAUGGGCUACAUAUGAUUAGGGAGGGUGUUGCUCAAUCACUAUUUGAGCUGCUAUAUCGUCACAGUUUACAGUCACCGACUCUGCGGGAACAGGCGGCUGCCACUAUGAUGCAUCUUGCUAUGUCAACUACUCAUCAACGAGCUGAUGAAGUUCAGGUUUCAUUGUUAGAUUCUGAGGAUGACGUAUUUAAAUUCUUCUCACUUGUUUCCUUCACAGGACCUGAUAUACAAAGCAAGAUUCUGAAAACUUUCAUGGCAAUGUGCCAAUCUCCCUCUGGUCUCACCAUCAGAGAAAGGUUAAGACAGCUCUCAGCUGUCCAAGUAUUAGUUCACUUGUUAGAGCUCGAUAACCAAACUGUGCGGGCAAAUGCCAUGAAGCUGUUCUAUUACUUAACAGAAGGCGGUGAUUGCAGAAACUUUACAUCACAUGUAACUGCAAGGUGUAUUAAUGUCUUGCUCACCAUCAUCAGGACUACCGAUGAUGCAGAAGAGAUUGUUUCUGCUAUGGGUAUCAUCUCAAGACUCCCAAAGGAACCCCAUAUAAACCAGUGGCUUUUAGAUUCUGGCGCAGUUAAAAUUAUCUUGGAUUGUCUCUUGGAUCAACAUAAACAUGCCUCGCACAAACGGCAACUCAUUGAGAACUCUGUUCAAGCUCUUUGCCGUUUUACUGUCUCAACAAACGUAGAGUGGCAGAAGACAAUAGCUCAAGAGGGCAUCAUCCCUAUCCUGGUGCAAUUGCUGGAUUCCGGGACAUCUCUGUCGAAACAACAUGCAGCCAUUUCAAUCAAGCAGUUUUCAGAAAGCUCACGACUCUUAAGCAAGCCUAUAAAAAAGCCAGGUAUAUUCAAAUUCUGCUUCGUAGCUUAUGAAACCGGUUGCCCAGCACACCAGGGCGCCUGUACAGUUGAGUCUUCAUUCUGUAUGAUAGAGGCUGAUGCUUUGAAGCCCCUUGUGAGGAUGCUUGAAGAGCAAGAUAUUGGAACAUGCGAAGCUUCCUUAGAUGCACUUUUGACUUUGAUUCAUGGGGAAGCACCACCGGGUGGGUGUAAGGUACUUGCAGAGGCAAAUGCUAUUACUCCGCUGUUAAAUUUAUUGAGUCUUCAGUCUGCCAGAUUGGUGGAAAAAAUUCUAGUAGCUUUAGAGAAAAUAUUUCUAGUCGAUGAAAUAAAGAUUAAAUAUAAAGCUUUAGCCACGAUGCCAUUGGUAGAGGUAACCCAGAGGAAAGAUAGUCGCUUGAGAAGUCUUGCUGCCAGAGUCCUUGCACAAUUGGGUGUACUUGAGAAACAGUCUUCUUAUUUUUAAUAAAUAUCAUUCAAAACCCCACUUGCUUAUUCAUUUUUUAUACCUUAGUAUUUCUUAAUAAGUGGUUGCUCUGUAUUUCAAGGCAAAAAGUAGGAUAUAGAGAUAAGAAAGCUUUACAUAAUUAUUGUCUUCCGUGUUUAAUGUGUAGCUGUUUGGCUUUUCGUCUUUCAAACCAGCAAAGUUCACAUUAUUCUGAAAAUAUUGUUUCUUGUGGAAUGGAGUAAAUGCUUCUCA